GAAGACUGCACCCUGCAGGUUUCACCAUCCGGACACUACCUGGACCUUGACCUGUCCUUGCUGGAGCAGAAGGAUGACCUGGAGGGUUUCUACGAGGAGGUCAAAAAGGGAAGACGACCGACUCUGAUCCUGCGCACGCAGCUCUCUGUUCGAGUCCAUGUCAUCAUUGAGAAGCUGUACAACUCCCAGGGGCCGGAGCUGCGGCGAUCCCUCUUCUCCCUCAAGCAGCUCUUUCAGGAGGACAAGGACCUUGUGCCAGAGUUUGUCAACAUGGAUGGGCUGACGUGCCUGAUCAAAGUGGGGGCGGAGGCUGACCAGAACUACCAGAACUACAUCCUCCGGGCACUGAGCCAGAUCAUGCUCUUUGUGGAUGGGAUGCAGGGCGUCAUCAACCACAUUGAGACCAUCCAGUGGCUCUACACUCUGUCUGGAAGCCCAUAUCGCCUGGUGGUGAAGAUGGCACUGAAGCUGCUACUGGUGUUCGUGGAGUACACGGAGCCCAACGCCCAGCUCCUUAUCCAUGCUGUGAACGCUGUGGAUCAGGCAAGAGGCACAUGUCCGUGGUCAAACCUGAUGGCAAUCCUACAGCAGCGCAAUGGGGCCGACACAGAGCUGCUGGUGUUCGCCAUGACGCUCAUCAACAAGACGCUGGCUGCCCUCCCAGAUCAGGACUCCUUCUACGACGUGACGGACUGCCUCGAGCAGCAAGGCAUGGAGAGCAUGGUGCAGCAGUACCUGAGCAGCAAGGGCACUGACCUCGAUUUGAAGCAGCAGUUUCUGCUCUACGAAAGUGCCCUCAAGCUGGAAGACGGCAUUGAGGAGCCGCAGCCAGGCGGACGCAAGGAGCGGAGGAAGACAGAUGAAGGGCGGCGCGGGUGGCGUUCCCAGGGCAGUGGAGCAGACCCUGGCUCUGGCACCAGCUCCCCGAGCGCCAACCAUGAGACCCAGCAGCUGCUGGAGUCCCCCAGUGAUGUGAAAAAGCCCCCUGCUGAGGACAGCCAGGCUCCUCUGGGGACAGAUGUGCCAAAAAGCCCAUCAGGGCCCUCCAAGAGCGUCUACAACAGCACGGCCAGCAUGUGCCUGGCACUGUCCUCGCCCCCAGCCGAGAAGGAGCAGCCCCUGGGCCUGGGCGAGAGAAGUAUUUACAAGCUGCACCAAACAGCCCCUGUGUGGCGGGAGGAUGCCCCAUCCUUGCAUGGGGACAAGCCCAUUCUGAGGAAGUUUGAAGCUCGCUUUCUGGAGAACUUGGCUGCAGCCCAGAAGGAGAAGAUCUCUUCCAUGGCCAAAGGAAGACUCGAUAUCCUCAGUGAUGCUACGCAGGAGCAUCCUGUUGCUCUUGCUUGGGAUGGGAACAGGAGCGCUGCUGAGCGUAGCACGGAACCACAUGGCAAAAGACAUCUCUCACCUGUGCCACUCUAUGUACCAGGGUCUGAGCCCAGUCUCACCAGGGAACCAGCCCCAACUCUAUGUUUUGCCCAGCAGCACCUUCCUUCUCCAGACCAUUUGUCUCACCCCUUUUCCCAUCUUUCUGCAGGGUCCUGGGUGGGCCAGAAGGAUACCACUGACUCCUGCAGUGCCAUCUCCUCCGACACCAAGUUUAUGCUGGAUAUGCUAUACGCUAAAAGCUCCUCAGAGCCAGGACGGGAGCAGGUCUUCCCUGCAGGGCCAGUGUCCCCCCAACACCAGGACGAGACAGAGACGGAGGCUGAAGGAGGCUGUGUCGAGGGACACGGCCACCAGGAACAGGAGAGCACACGGCUUCACAACAGGGCUCCAGAUGGGCCAGUUGCCAAUGCCCAUGCCCAGUUGGCACGUUCCAUGUCAAACAUUGAUGUGGAGACGCACACAAAAGAAAUGGAGAACACCCUGAUGACACCCAUUAAAAAGGACUCGGAGCCCACUUGGGAGCGCCUGGAGGCCUGCCCUGUGCAGCUAAAGAUCAAGGACCUGGACUUCACUGACCUGGGGGAUGAGGAAGACUUUGAUGUCCUGGACACAGGGUCCAUGACUAAUGGCUCCUUCCUCCCUCAUGGCAUUGAGGCAGCGAGUGCUGGAGCCCUCAUGGCUCCCCCUCCACCUCCCACCACCCCAGGCUGCCCUCCACCCCCACCUCCCCCUGGCUGCCCCCCACCUCCACCUCCACCUCCCACAAUCACCAACUGCCCUCCACCGCCACUGGGGCCUCUGGGAUCCUUGGUGACGGAUGGCCCUUCCCAGGCCAAAAAGAAGAGGACAGUGAAGCUCUUCUGGAAGGAGCUAAAGCAGCUGGAUGGCACUGUGGGGCCAGGCAGGUUUGGCCAGGGGACACUGUGGUCAUCUCUGCAGAGAGUUGAGGUCAAUGCUGACAGACUGGAGCAUCUUUUUGAGUCCCGGGCAAAGGAAGUGCCAGCUUCCAAGAAAGCAGUUGAUGGGAAGAAGGUGGUGGUGGUGUUGGAUCCCAAGAGGAGCAACGCCAUCAACAUUGGCCUCACGGUGCUGCCACCUGUGCAUAUCAUAAAAACAGCUGUGCUUAAUUUUGAUGAGUUUGCAGUCAAUAAGGAAGGGAUUGAGAAAAUCCUGACCAUGGUCCCAACUGAGGAGGAGAAGCAGAAGAUCCAGGAGGCCCAGCUGGCUAACCCUGAUGCGCCCCUGGGGUCCGCAGAGCAGUUCCUACUUGCCCUCUCUUCCAUCAGUGAUCUCACAGCAAGACUCCAGCUCUGGGCUUUCAAGUUGGACUAUGAGAGUCUGGAGCAGGAGAUUGCAGAACCCUUGUUUGACCUGAAAAUGGGCAUGGAGCAGCUGGCCAAAAAUCACACCUUCAAAUGCAUCCUGGCCACACUGCUGGCCACAGGCAAUUUCCUAAAUGGCUCCCAGAGCAGAGGCUUUGAGCUGGGCUAUCUGGAGAAGGUCUCAGAGGUGAAGGACACGGUGCACCGGCAGUCCCUGCUCUACCAUCUCUGCCAAAUGGUGGUAGAGAAGUUCCCAGAAACCACGGACCUCUACUCGGAGAUUGCCUCAAUCACACGCUCAGCCAAGAUCGACUUUGAUGAGCUGGCGAACAGCCUGGUGCAGCUGGAACGAAGGUGCCGGGCAUCCUGGGACAACCUCAAGGUGAUCGCCAAGCAUGAGACCAAGACAGUGCUGAAGAGCAAGCUGACCGACUUUCUCAAGGACAGCACCCAGCGCAUUGUUGUCCUGAAAGUCGUGCACAGGCGCGUCCUCAACAGGGUUCACUCUUUUCUGCUGUACCUGGGAUACCCGGGGAGGGCUGCACGUCUCAUCUGCAAGCUCCUGAGGGAGUUUGCCCUGGAGUACCGCACCUGCCGGGAGCGCGUCCUGCAGCAGCAGAAGAAACGAGCUGCACACCGUGAGCGCAACAAGACACGGGGCCGACUUAUCACUGAGAUGGAGAAAUUCUCCGGUGUUGCCAACAACACAGAGACCGCCUCACCACCUGCAGUGGUGUCCACCAGCCCUGAGCAGCGGGAGCAGGCUGAAGCAGGCCAUGAGAGCAUGAAGAGCAUGCUGAUCUCUCCUACGGAUGCACCUGCACGCCGCAGUCGAGCCAGCCGGGGGACAGGGCAAACCACCCCAACCCAGGGCUCCCCAGCCCAGGAGGAUGUUCCCAGCUCCCCAGAUGAUGCCUCGGAUGAAAUUAUGGACCGCUUGGUAAAGUCAGUCACGCACAACCCCAACCCUCGUCCCUGUGCCAACAGGGAGCGCAAGAGGUCCCGCGGCAAUAGGAAGUCCUUGAGGAGGACCCUGAAGCGCGGGCUCAGUGACGAUUUGAUGCAGGCCCUGGGUCUGGGGCAGGCACCCGGCAUGGACGUUUGAGGCAGCCAGGGGAGCAGAGCCUGCCACCAGCGCUGGGGCUCCCACUGCUCCCCUU